AUGGACGUUGACAAUGAUUUCUUUAUGGCCAAGUGUGAACUACUCGCAAAUAGGGAGAAAAUCAUGUCAGCAGACCCGCGGAUGUUGUUUUACCAUUAUUUGGCAGUGGCUCGAUGGACUCUAGACUUUACAUCUCCUCUAGCAAAGGUGGAGAAGACUUUGGUUUGGAUUCAAUUUUCAUGGCUUAACUUAUUAUAUUAUGAUGAAAGUUUCCUUCAUGGUUUGUCAGCUAUGGUGGGUACUUUUGCUAAGGUAAAUACUAACACCCUGAAUGUAGAAAAAGGAAGGUUUGUGAGAAUUUACGUGGAGAUUGAUCUGACCUUACCGUUUGUCGUAAAGGUCAAUGUUAAUGGUCAUUGGUACAACAUGCAAUAUGAAAGUCUUUGCAUUAUUUGCUCUAGUUGUGACUGUUAUGGACAUCAUACCCGUGAUUGCAAGAAAAUAUCAGAUAGUCUGACACAACCAACCAUUUCUAUAGUGGCACAACCAAGAGGUCAGUCAGAAUACAAUGUUGUCCAUGAGUAA